GCCUCCCAUUGCUGCUGCCAGGCCCGUAAUCUGCCAUGGGCCCCUGUACCACCUCCUCAUGCUGCUGCCAGGCCCGUAAUCUGCCAUGGGCCCCUGUACCGCCUCCUAAUGCUGCUGCCAGGUCCAGAGUGUCUCAUGGGUCCCUGUACGGCCUCCCAUUGCUGCUGUCUCCAUCGCCACACUCUGCCAUGUGCCACUUUCAGUUCUCCUCACACUGCUGGUGGUUUCCAUUUUUGUCAUAGGGUGCUGUAUGGCCUCCCAUUGCUGCUGCCUCCACUGCCACACUGUGGCUCCACACUCUGGUUUUGGCCCCGUGACUGCCCAAAUGAGUGAAGUGUGCGGUGAUUCUAAGAUCGACGGCACUCAUCUGCAUGUCAUACUGACUGACAGUAUUAUUUCUCUUCCCCAGCAGACUCCAAGGGCAUUUAAAUUAAAGGUACAGUGUUCUGCACUAAUAUAA